AAAGCAGCAGCGCUGUGUGUGUGAGUGUGAGUAUGUACGUGUGUGUGUGGGAUUUUACAGCAGCGUUUCUCUCCAGCUCAGAAUUUUUACUGAAACACACAGGAGCUGAUCGGACUGUUACUGUGGAGAAUGGCCCUCGAUCAGGAGAAGAAAACCAUCGACUGCUUCAGGAACAGACUGAGGAAUCUUAUCGUGGUGGACCAGGUUCUGGAUAAUGUAGGGUUUCUCAGUAAGGAGCAGAGGGAGCUGAUCAGAGCCAAGUUACAGAACGAGGGUAACUUAAAGGCUGUGGAUCUUUUCCUUAGUGAAGUUAUUAAUAAAAAUCAUCCUGAAGGAUGGUUCAGGGAGCUCCUCAAUGCGCUAGAAGUCGCUGGCUGCAAACAAGCAGCGAAUUAUAUAGAAAACAAAGCUCCUUGUCCUUCAUUGGAGGCAGAGAAUGACAUCUAUAUACGGCUAAUAGAUCUCCUACAUCUCACUCUGGUGGGCAUGAAGACCAAGGAUGUCUGCUUUAGCUGCUUCCAGCGCUGUAUUCUCACUAAGGAGGAUCGACAAAAUAUUUUAGCGGUGGUUGAACAGCAUGGGGAAAUAGCCGGAGCACGUCUUCUACUCUCUCGCCUGGUGAAGAAUGAGUUAGGCUGGUUCUCCCAGUUUUUGGAAGCUCUGGAAGAGACUGGGCACGGUGAUCUGGCUAAGGAGCUGCGGGGAGAUCCAUUAGAGGAUGUUGGAGCAGCAGCACAGGAAAGCAACGAUCCUCAAACUGUGAAGAAAGAGUGUGAGAUGACUGUAGAGACUGCUACAACAGAGAGGAUGGAAGAGAAUAUGGAGGAUUAUACAUCUUGUAGAUCUUUGUCUCCUCCUCUCUCACUGGCCUCUGGCUCCUCCGAGGCCUCUUUCUUAACCACCUCAGACCUUGGGGCUGGUGCCCUGGAUAGCAGCAUGGACUGCAGCAUGGACUCCCAGGUCUCCAUGGAUGUAUCUAGUAAACUUGCCAUUGAAGACAUGGACUUGUACAAAGGCAGCGAUGAAGAAAUGAAGACCAAAGAAGAGCAAACAGCAGGAAGUCAAGAUCAGUCAGUAGGAGAAAAAGACAUCGUACUACGUGAUUAUCAGAUGGAGGUCGCUCGGCCAGCCCUGGAAGGAAAGAACAUCAUCGUCUGCCUCCCGACAGGAAGUGGUAAAACUAGAGUUGCGGUGUACAUCACUAAACGGCAUCUGGAGAGCAGACGUCGGAUUGGACAGCCAGGAAAAGUCGUUGUCCUGGUUAACAAGAUCCCUCUGGUGGAGCAGCACUACAGAGCAGAGUUUGGGAGAUUUCUGAAGCAUCAGUACUCAGUAGAAAGAGUCAGUGGAGACUCACAGCUCAAAAUCUCCUUCCCAAAAGUUGUUGAGAAUAAUGACAUCAUCAUAUGCACUGCACAGAUUCUGGAGAACUCCUUAGCCAAAGCCAAGAAGGGUGACGAAGACGGGGUUAAAUUAUCACAGUUCACUUUGAUGGUCAUCGAUGAAUGUCACCACACACAGAAGGGUGAGGCCUAUAACCACAUCAUGAUCCGUUACCUAAGUCAGAAGCACAAGAACAACAAGCUGCGGAAAGAACAGAAACCUAUGAUGCCCCUCCCACAGAUCCUCGGCCUAACAGCCUCGCCUGGUGUGGGCGGAGCCAAGAACCAGCAGAAAGCUGAGGAGCACAUUCUCAAAAUUUGUGCUAACUUGGAUGCUAUCACAAUAAAGACCAAAACCAUCGGGGAGGAAGCCAAAUCUCCGUACAAACGCAUUGCAAGUGCUCAAGAGAGGAAGGAGGAUCCUUUUGGAGAUGUGAUAAAGGGGAUCAUGGAUGAUAUUCAUACACAUGCAGAGCUGAACCCACUCUGCCAGCCAGGCACCCAGAACUAUGAGCAGUGGGUGGUGCAGAAAGAGCAGAAUGCUGCUAAAGAGGACAAUCAGAGGGUCCGGGUUUGUGCUGAACAUCUGCGUCAGUACAACGAGGCUCUCCACCAGAGUAACACUAUCCGCAUGUCUGAUGCCUUCAAGUUCCUCAACAAGUACUAUAAAGAAGAGCUCAGGAAGAAAUGCAACCCUGACGAUGAGGAGCCCAUUCAGAUCACUGAAACUGAAAGAUUUCUCUUCAGCCUGUUCAAAGCUAAAAAGAUGCGCCUGGAGGAGCUAAUGAAAGAACCAAAGUAUGAGAAUAAUGCUCUGGCUGAGCUAAAGGCCCUCAUUCUGAAAGAAUUUACUACCAGAGAAAAGGCCCGAGGCAUCAUCUUUACCCAGACACGCCUCAGUGCCAUCGCGCUCAGCCAGUGGAUCCAAGAGAAUCCAAAGUUUGAGGACGUUGGUGUCAAAGCAAGCCACCUGAUUGGUGGAGGAGACCAAAGUGUGGUCAAGCCAAUGACCUCUGCAGAGCAGAAGAAUGUGCUGAACAAAUUUCGUGAAGGCGAAAUCAACCUGCUGAUAGCCACAACUGUGGCGGAGGAGGGGCUGGAUGUUGCAGAGUGUAACGUUGUUGUUCGAUACUGUCUUGUAACCAAUGAAACUGCCAUGAUUCAGGCUCGAGGCAGAGGAAGAGCAGAAGACAGUAGCUACACUGUGGUGGAGGAGGCAGGAUCGGGCGUGGCAGAGAGGGAGAGUGUGAAUGAAUACCGUGAGACAAUGAUGAGCAAAGCCAUCGCCAAAGUUUGCACAAUGAGGCAAGAAGAGUAUGAAAGGAAAAUAAAGGAGAACCAGUUGCAGGCGAUCCUGGAAGAGCGUGUGAAAGAGAAGAGGAAGCAGCAGAAGGGCAUGGUAAAGGAGAACCCCAGCAAGGUGAAACUCAGCUGCAGACACUGUGGGAAACAUGUUUGCUCUGGAGAAGACAUUGAGAUCAUUGAGAACAUGCACCACGUCAAUGUGACCCCAGCUUUCAGAGAGUUAUUUACUGUGAGAGAGAACACCACCCUUCAAGAAAGACUCCUGGACUAUGAGGCUAAUGGAGUCAUUGCAUGUAAAAGCUGUGGACAGCGUUGGGGCUCUAUAAUGCUACACAAGAGCAUCGAGUGUCCUUGCCUUCACAUCAAGAACUUUGUGGUGAUGUACAACUCGAAAAAGAAGGUUUUCAGCAAGUGGAAUGAACUCGCCAUCAGGUUUCCUGCAUUUGAUUACCUUCAGCAUGCUGACCUCAUCACACACGACUCGGACGACGAAGCUGAAGAAAUGGAGUAAAACACAGAAAAAGCAGAACUUUACCCAACACUCAUCUCACUUAAAAUAAUAAAAAGUAUGAAGAUCAGCAUUAUUAUUGUGACAAAUAACUAAUCAUGACAUUCAUAUCCUGAAGUAUCUGAGGACAAAUAGAAGGAGUCAAUUACAAAGUGCCACAUUUUUUUUAUUUAAAUCAUUAUUCAGGAUGGCAAAUAGAAUGGGAGCUUUUCUUUUAAUUUUUUUCAUUGUUUUCUGUGAAGAGUUGUUUGUCCUUGUUUACAUUUUCUGGUUAAAAAGCCUGGAUUACUUUCUUCACACUCCAGGUUAUUUAUCUAUUUUCUGUGUUGCAUGCUAUUCUAAAACACAGUCUCUGGUACAAAAUAACAAUCAUGCUCAUAAUAAAGAAAUGAGUUAAAGAAA